GUCCCCAGUGCGCCCUGCCAUUCGGCACCUCAUCUAUUGUCAACGGAGCUGUAUUUUGUGAAAACACUUCUGGGCAAGCUUCAAGCAUUCAGCAGUGCUGGCUGGUGUGUCGCCGGGGCUUCCACAGUGCAUCUUCCACCACAUCGUUUCAGUGUGAUGUGCAACAGCGUCGAUGGGUCUCAGCUGCCCCACUCUACCAGGCCUGCCAGAAGCUCCAAUUAUUUCAGACAGUCCAAGCUCAAGCACACUUUCAACUACUACUGCCUCCUGAGAAGACUUGUAGUUCUGACUACUCUGGAAUACUCCAGGCAUUCCAGAUAUUUAUUCUAGAUGAGUUGAAGGCUCGUGGUUUGUGUCACCUCCAGGUAAAUAUGUUUGGAGAUACCAGCUCGGUUUCUGUCUGUGAUGAUUCCACUGUCUAUGCUGAAUGCCUGAGUGUGGACCGUCUGGGAGUGAAUGUCACAUGGAGAAUUCAGCUGGAAAACAUCCCAGCAGCUUCUCUCCCCGACUUACAUGAUAUUGAAAAUGCAAUUGUUGGAGAAAAUCUCAUUGGAGCAUUUAUAAAAGAGAUUAAGGAUGGUGCAUUUGUCCUGAAUUUGGACUCCAAGCAGUUCCUAGGAGAUUCUUUCACUGAUUUUCCCCGGGAUGAAGAGUUUGAUCUGUCUCCGAGUGUGCAGCUAGGAUGCAGAGUUGGGUUUCGAAGAGUUUCGUCUGCUGGGAAAGCAGUCCCGAAUUCACAAGGAUGUGUUGUUUGUCCUCCAGGCAGCCAUUUCCAAAAUGAUGAAUGCAUUCCCUGCCCACUUGGCUACUAUCAGUAUCAGAUAGGACGUUCCUCUUGCGUCAAGUGUCCUUCAGGCACAACAACCAAGUCCUAUGGGGCAGCUAGCACUGAUCACUGUGUCACGUACUGUCAAAGCAACGAGCAGGGUCUGCAGUGUGAUGAAGAUGGCCAAUAUAGACCUUCCCAGCAAGACCCUGACACUGGGAGAUCCUUCUGCGUUGAUGACUUUGGAGCAGCACUGGACUGGACUGAAACGGAUGAUCUCCUUACAGAUUACCAGUGCCUAAGCUGUGAGAAGGAUGAUGCAUGUGGUUUUGCAACGGUAACUCUUGCAGGUGCUGAAGUUCUCUGUGAAUUAUACAGUGCUGCUGAAGUCAACUUUAACUGCACCACCUCUGAAUUGGUGCAAGAUGUUUUGGGGAACCCCACUGCCACUGGCGUCAGUCGUCUCAGCUGCCUGCUUCAUGUCAGGAAUCCAGGGGGAGACGCAGUGACGAUUUAUUUGAAGAGAGGACAAGAAUUUAACUCAUCUGGAUUCAAGACCUUUGAAAGGACCAGUUUUCAGAAUGUUCUUUCUGGCGUAUAUAGCUCCAUAGUGCUCUCAGCAGCUGGCACAUCUCUGACUGAUGCUCAGCUCUUCUGUCGGCAGACUUGCAGCAGAGACUUCUGCUGUGAUGGCUUCAUCUUGACUCAGAUUGCACUUGAUGGAGGUACCAUUUUGUGUAGCCUGAUGAGCUACCCAGAUGUGCUGAUCUGCAAUGCAGAUGGAUGGAGUCCAACAUCAACAUCUGUCAUAGAUGAGAUGUGUAAAGGUGUGAGUUAUGACGAAGAAGAGAAGACAUUUUCCUUCACCCUGGGAGGACAAGUGUUCACUAGAACUUCUAAGUUGGUAGAAGAGGCAGAAAGAAAUUUUACUACCUCUCAGCAAGUUUACCUGUGGAAAGGCUCUGAUAUGAUCACCCGGACUAAAAACUCUGCGUGCGAUGCUGCUUCUUUGAAGACAGAGAAUGAUCUAAAGUUAUCAGGUAUUACAGUGAGGGCAGAAAGAGAAGUACCUGAUGGUGCUCCUAUACAAUCAGUUGUAUUUUAGAAUUUAGACUUAACAAUGAGAAAAAUAAUUGACCAGAACUAUUCUCUCCCUUACCAGCAGUAUUGGAUCUUCAGGCAGAAGUACUCAGCAGAGGAAGCUGUGCUUUGGUGUCUCACACGUUGCGCACAAGAAGAUGAGUUUUGUCGAAUGGCAGAUCUUCAGAACGCCACAAACAUAUACUUUGUGUGCACACUCUAUCCAGAGGCACAGAUUUGUGACGGCAGCAUCGAUCAAAUGCCAGAAAACUGUCGAACCGUGCUACCCUGGCAACCACAGACGUUGUAUCGUAAAAUAGUCACUCUAAAAAGUUCUGUGAAGAGCUUUUACACACGUGUGCCAUUCCAGAAAGUAACUGGGAUCUCAGUGAGGAAUAAAACUGAUAUGAGCAGAAAAUCUGUUUCAGAUGGAUUUUUUGAGUGUGAGCGUUGGUGUGAUGCUGACCCAUGUUGCACAGGAUUUGGCUUUUUUAAUGACUCACAGCUAUCAGGUGGAAAGAUUGUGUGCCUGACUCUGAACAGCCUAGGAAUCCAGACGUGUGCUGAGGAAAGAAGAAGUGCUUGGCAGGUUUCAGACUGUAGUUCACCAGAUGCUGAAGUGAGAGUACACCCAUUUGGCUGGUAUCAAAAGCCUGCUGAUUUGAAGAACACCGUUCCUAACCUGUGUCCACCUGUUAGUUUACCUUUCAGGCCAGAAAGUGAGUAUUUGGAUAUAUGGCAAUCCUUAAAUGUGUCCUCUGUUCUCAUGGAUUCAUCCAUCUCAAACUUUGAAGUUGUGCACGUUAGUAGAGAUAUAUCCAAUGACUUCUCCACUGCCAGAGAUUUUUGUCUGUCUGCUUGUUCAAAAAACCAGUCAUGUACAACAGUUACACUGGAAAUCCAGCCUUCAGAAAUAAGAUGCCUUCUCUACCCCGAUACACAGAUAUGCACAUAUGGCCUGGAGAGGCACAGCUGCCAGGUUUUACUCAAAGAGCCAGCUGCAAAUAUCUACAGGAGACAAGAUUUAUUCUUGCCCAUUUCUGAAUCGGAUUUAACCCCUUCUGUGUACACCCUGUCCCACGGAGAUCUGAUUGGCAAAGCUGAGGUGAUCCAUGUUGGCUCGCAGUGGAGGAAUGUCAGCCAGUUCCUGGGGAUCCCGUAUGCUGCACCCCCCCUUGCAGAGAGGCGCUUCCGUCCUCCUGAGCCAUUUGCUUGGGUGGAAACCUGGAAUGCUACUGUGGCUCGGGCAGCUUGUUGGCAGCCAGGAGAUGGAGACGCUCCAUCAUACUCUGUCAGUGAAGACUGCCUAUAUCUGAACGUCUUUGUUCCUGCUACCACUGUCAAAACCAUGUCAGUGUUGCUGUUUUUCCACAAUGGAGGGAGUUACAGCACUGAGGCAGGAAAGACAACCAUAGAUGGAUCAUACCUAGCUGCCAUCAGUAAUGUUAUUGUCGUGACAGCAAAUUACCGGGUUGGUGUUUUCGGCUUCCUUAGUGCUGGUUCUUCUGAGGCAACUGGAAAUGCUGGCCUUUUGGAUCAACUGGCAGCUUUGAAAUGGGUGCAGCAGAACAUUGCUAGCUUCGGAGGAGAUCCAAGCCAGGUUUGUCUAGGAGCCGACCGUGGUGGGGCAGAUGUUACCAGCAUUCACCUGCUCACAGAGACAGCGAGUACGAACCUCUUCAGGAGGGUGUUGUUGAUGGGAGGCUCAGCUUUUUCUCCAGCAUCCAUUAUUACUAAAAGGAGAGCACAGACCCAAGCAGCAGUCCUGGCUGAAGAUGUCGGAUGCCCUUCAUCCACCAGUGAGGAAAUUGUAGCCUGCCUGCGCCAAUUGCCCGCACGUGUCCUCAAUGAUGCACAGACUAAGCUCUUGGCUAUAAGCGGCCCGUUCCAGUACUGGAGUCCAGUGAUGGAUGGAAUUUAUGUUAGGGAACCUUUAGCUAAAGCCCUGCAACGCCCUCAGCUUCGGAAAGUAGAUCUGCUCAUUGGAAGUGCUCAGCAAGAUGGAUUGAUCAGCAGAGCAAAGGCAAUUAAGAAAUUUGAAGAAAGUCAAGGGAGAUCCAACAGUAAAACAGCCUUUUAUCAGGCUCUGCAAAACUCUCUGGGAGGAGAAGACUCCAACUCAUUCAUUGAAGAUGCAGCUGUAUGGUAUUACUCCCUCGAACAUUCAACUGAUGAUUAUUCAUCCUUUUCCAGGGCUUUGGAAAAUGCCACCCGUGACCAGUUCAUCACGUGUCCCAUCAUAGACAUGGCCAGUCACUGGGCUGCUGCCUCCAGAGGAAAUGUCUUCAUGUACCACGUACCUGAGAGCACCUCACAGAGCAG